AUGUCGUCGGAUUUAUGUGCCGACGACUUAACCGAUAUAGACAUAACUUUAAUGACUUUACGGAAGCCGACUGAAUUGAAGCGAGUAAUUGAUUCGAUACCGAAGCCCGUGAGAGCUGUUCCGAAGAAUGGUCUUCCGGUAUGGUAUAGGCUUGGUUUAGAGAACAAGUUGCCAGUGCCGAAAAUGCCGAAGGGAAAAAUUAUAUUCUCGCGGGGAAAAAUUGGUGAAGAUGUUAGACGACUCGGUCUCGGUAAAGACGGCCCUUGCCCGUCCUUCGACCUCACAGACCCCUACUGCAACAACGUCUCCUACGACUAUGUCCCAGUGCACGACCCCCACUUAGCACAUCACUUCGCCCAGAAACCAGCGAGAAACAGAAUGAAACAGCUUGGCUAUUGUACUAAAGAUGGCAGAGCUGUCUGCUCGUUAAAAGAUUUCAACCAGUAUAGGAAAUACCUUUAUAAUCAAUUCAUGGACAGGAUUCAUAUGGAAAUGAAAAAAUUGGAUGAGCGAGCCAAAGAUGACCUCACGCUAAAGCGCGUAGAUGUGGACGUGGCCCGAAGAUUGCAAGUAUUCACCAAGGCAGAGCGAGCGAGAGAACAUAUGGAGAAGGUGGCGCAGGAGCAUGCUGAUGAAUGGGCCGAAAAGAAGCGACUAGCAAAAGAACAAGAGAAGAAAGUACAAGCUAGAAUGAAAUAUUUGGCGGAGUUUAACGAGAAACAGCGCAAAGAACGCGCGCAGCGUGCAGCGGAGAAGCAGAAUAGAAUAAAACAGAGGGUGCAAGCGGCGGCUGAGAUGGAAUUGAGAAGAAAAAUAACCAUGGUGCGACAGUGGCGAGCGAACGAGAGAAAACGAUUAAAUCGAUUGAAGCAAGAGCGAGAGGAAAAGCAGAAGAGGCAAGAAGACGAGGCGAACAAUAAAUGGGAAAUGCGUGUGAACGCCCAAAAUCAAAAGAUCCAAGAAGAGUCUUUGCUCCUCAAAAUCUACACCGAAGACAUGAACGCUAGCGCAAUGCGACGAGCCAAAAAAGCAGAGGUAUACGCUUUCAAUACGGACUUGGAGCUAGCCAGAAUCAGACUUGCCAAUUGGAAGUUGCUACACGGCGGAACGGCUAAAGCCGCGGGUCUCGUCAAGAAGAUGGGAGUCGAGUUUGAAAAGUCGAAACGCGGUGCUAAAGGCAUGAGCCCCGAGCUUGCGCAAGAGUUGGCAAAGGAAGCGAUGAAUGCUGCAGUUUCCACUCAAGGAGAUGCGCUUAUGACACUCGGCCAAGCGCGUGCUUGGAUGGAUCUGGUGACAGUGCUGCCAUCUGCACCGAUUAGAAUACUUGAUGAGAUGUUGGAGAGUGCUGUCUUAGAGUUCGCUAGACGCCGUGUCAACUUGCUCCUUCGUGACAUCGAGAGAAUGGUUAAAUCAAGAGCGGCCGUUGUAUUCUUCCAAAACUUCCGACCUCCGCCGAAGAAAAGGCACGGAAAAGCUCCACGUUGGUCGAUGCAGGUCGCGACGGAACUGGCGCGACAUUACAUGAACCGCGAUGGUGGGAUUGGUUUCGGUUCAAUCGUGAACAUUCCCAAUGAAACCACCACGGACAUCGAUAUGAAGAGCGUUAAAGAUCGUCCGCCCACACCCGUGCCGUCGAAGACCAAAUUAGCCGAAGUAACGUUCUCGGAUCGAGUAGAAGAUUUACCCGACCCGGUCGCUGCUGGAAGCUUCCUUCCAGAGAGGAGCAAGUUGCUAGAGGUUCAAGUUCAUGAAAUAUUAUCUGCUUUGGAGUGUGAGGAGUAUAUAAUACUUGGAAAUUCAUUUACUACCCCCUUUGAGCUGCCGAUCAGGUUACUAGAAGACAUGACAAGUCCAUGA